AUGGAUAAUGGCUACAGAGUGGAUGACGCUUACCUCCUCCCGCCUGAUGUAAGAGAAGUCCUAAACAGAAAAUACGCAAUAUUUCAACAAAUAACAGGCAAUUUCCCAGUAUCCCUUGGAAAAGAUGUUAGCAAAAAAGACAGAGAAGAGCUCGGAAACGCAAGCAGCACAUUAACUUAUGGUGAAGUCGAGUUUGUUUCAAUUGGGGAAAUUUUUGAAACAAUAAAAGCAAGAUAUGGGGCAAUUCCAUCAGGUGGCGUCUUUUAUGACCUUGGAUCUGGCACUGGCAAAGGAGUUAUAGCUGGAGCAUUGCUUCAUAAUUUUACUGAAUGUGUAGGAAUAGAGAUUCUUGAAGGACUUUAUGAUGUUUCAGUUCAACAAAAACAAGAAUAUGAUAGGAUUUUCCCUGAAGAGGUGAAAAAUAACCCGGAAUUAUUUGAAAAUAAACCAGAAGUGGAAUUUUAUAAAAAUGAUAUGUUUGCACAGGGGUGGGCUGAUGCUUCUCUAAUUUUUGCAAAUUCUACUUGCUUUGAUCUUCCUAUGAUGGAAGCCAUUGCCAAUGCGCCUGUGCAGCCUGGAACUUGGGCUUUAACAUUAACCAAGAAUUUUAAUUCGCCUAAGUGGAGGAUAUUUGAAAGCAUAAGAAAAAAUAUGAGUUGGGGUGAAGCGACAGUUUAUAUUCAUCAAAGAUUACAAUUAGAAUAA